CGUCAGGGCAGGCAGCGGCGGCCGCGGCGGGGCCUGGGGCUUGGGGCCUGGAGCCCGGGCCUGGGGCGCUGGUGAGCGGCCCCUCCCAACUCCCGGCGCGCCUCGCCCGGCUGCCCGCCUCAGUGAAGGUCAAAGCGCUUUGUUUUGCGCCACGGGCGGCCUCCUGGGCGGCGGCCCCGCGGAGGAGGCGAAGACGGCGAGAGGCGGCGGCCGCUCAAAUCUCCCGCUAGCCCGGCCCGCCCCGCGUGCGGGGGCUGUGGCGGUUACACGGCCGAGCGCGCCGGGGCGUUCAGGCUUCCCAUUUUUAAGGUGGAGACGUCCAGGACCUCUUUAUUAGAUGUUUAGGAAUUUGAGUUUUUCCGUAGGGCGAUUGUCAUCGUGAGCCUCUGUGGGGUCAGGCUGGGCUAACUGGGAUUUUGAUGUCAAUUUGGUGUGACCGAGGGCAUGUCUGACGGGGAAGAAAGUCCUUGGCGUUGCUUCUUAGCUGUUGGGAGCUGUGCGGUGCGAGCGAGAUGGGCGGCGUGCGCUCCCCGAGGACUGGCCUUAGACUAGUUACUCACGGGACUUGGUUUCCCAGCCAAGGGCUUGGCACCCCACAAGUCUCUGAAGAGGUAGUCUGCUGCUGUUUGGAGACAGGGGAUAAAAACAUUCAGAUGGCAGAUCACAGUUUUUCAGAUGGGGUGCCUUCAGAUUCCGUGGAAGCUGCUAAAAAUGCAAGUAACACAGAAAAGCUCACAGAUCAGGUGAUGCAGAAUCCUCGAGUUUUGGCAGCUUUACAGGAGCGACUUGACAAUGUCCCUCACACCCCUUCCAGCUACAUCGAAACGCAUGAGGAUGUUGUAUUUCUUACUCCCUUUUUUAGUUUACCUAAAGCAGUAAAAAGAAGAAUUAAUGCAUUGAAACAACUUCAGGUGAGAUGUGCUCACAUAGAAGCCAAGUUCUAUGAAGAGGUACAUGACUUGGAAAGAAAGUAUGCAGCACUAUACCAGCCUCUCUUUGACAAGAGAAGAGAAUUUAUCACCGGUGAUGUUGAACCAACAGAUGCGGAAUCGGAAUGGCACAGUGAAAAUGAGGAGGAAGAGAAAUUGGCUGGAGACAUGAAAAAUAAAGUAGUCAUAACAGAAAAAGAAGCAGCAACAGCUGAAGAGCCAAAUCCCAAAGGAAUUCCAGAGUUCUGGUUUACCAUCUUUAGAAAUGUAGAUAUGCUAAGUGAAUUAGUCCAGGAAUAUGAUGAACCAAUCUUGAAACACCUGCAGGAUAUUAAAGUGAAAUUUUCUGACCCUGGACAGCCUAUGUCUUUUGUGUUAGAGUUCCACUUUGAACCCAACGACUACUUUACCAACUCAGUCUUGACAAAAACCUACAAGAUGAAAUCAGAACCAGAUAAGGCUGAUCCCUUUUCCUUUGAAGGUCCUGAGAUUGUGGACUGUGACGGGUGUACUAUUGACUGGAAGAAAGGAAAGAAUGUUACUGUCAAAACCAUCAAGAAAAAGCAGAAGCAUAAGGGUCGAGGCACUGUUAGAACAAUUACGAAACAAGUACCCAAUGAGUCCUUUUUCAACUUCUUCAAUCCAUUGAAAGCAUCCGGGGAUGGAGAAUCACUGGAUGAAGAUUCUGAAUUCACAUUAGCCUCUGAUUUUGAAAUUGGACACUUUUUCCGUGAGCGGAUAGUCCCGCGGGCUGUGCUGUACUUCACUGGGGAGGCCAUAGAGGAUGAUGACAAUUUUGAAGAAGGUGAAGAAGGAGAAGAGGAGGAAUUAGAAGGUGACGAGGAGGGAGAAGACGAGGAUGAUGCGGAAAUUAACCCCAAGGUUGGUAACUUAGGGGCCACCCAGACCUACUUAUUAUGCUGCAGUCUUAGACUUUCAAAAAUGUUCCCCACUUUGAGGCAGUAGUGUUAACAAUAUUCAUUAUCCCCUAAUUAGAAAGUUUAAAAUGUGUCAGAAAAAUACUGGAAUGAUUAUUCAGACACUGUGUAUAUAAUUUGAGUGUUGAGUGUGCAUAUUCAGUGGAAGCUUUUCCAGCUGUCUCAAGCUGUGUCUUAUUUACAUAGACUCCUCAGUAGAGCAACUUGACUUUCCAAAUGUUUCAUUCUUUUAAGGUAAGGUAAUGAUUUAACCGACAACAUAAAUAAACUUUUCUUUGUGAGUGUUUGGAAAAGGUACAAAGAAGGGACUUUGGGGCUCUUUUUGUUAAGGAACAGAAUAAUGGGAUUGUGGGCAUCAUUUGACAGUUGCACUUGAGCUGAGCAUGCCCAGAUGAUAUGUCUAGAUAUCUCAUAUGUCUCAGAUAAUUUAAAAUAAAUUGGGAAGGUUUACUAAAGAAAACUGAGUUGAAAAUGAGUGGGCAACCCCAUUAAUUUUACCUGCAAAUUUAGAUUUUUAUUUGUGGUCUCAGAGUAACUUAAAUCAAGGUACUUUGACCAUUUGGCACAUUUUAAAAUCAGAACUGCUUAAAUGUCAUCCUACAUCAUCAUAAGAGUUUCCUCUUGAAAAACACGAAAUGUGUAGUUCACUUGCCUCUUAAAAUUAAUUAUAUUAUGGGCUGUCAGAAUACUAACGUUACCUGGUGUUUUUGUAAUGUGUCUCUGUCCGACUAGACGUUUUUUGCUUGUUUUUACCCUUGUUUUUUUUGGAGUGUGCACUAAAAGCUGUCAGUGUGAUAUCCUGGCUUUGUCAUCAGUUGGUUUAAACUGGCUAUUUCCAUGAAUGCAUGUUCACAGUUGUGGUUCCUUCAGGGAAGGGAUGGGAGAAGAGCUUUUAAAACUUUUUUGAGAAUGUGUCUUACAAAGACUACUCUGGGAAUAAUCAGCUCAUGGAAAUGUUCAUCUUCUAAAGUUUGGCCUGUUGAUGUGGGAGGACUGCUGAAAGUGUACCUGUGCUCAGCACCGUGGUGGUGGGCAGUGAGGGCUGUAGGAGAUCAAGGCCUGGGUCUGCCUUGCGUGCAUCACAGUGUGGGGACAGGGAAGGUGAGGGCUGUCAGUCAGCCAGUGAACAACGUUGGGUGAAUAAAUGCUGCCCAUCACUGCUCUGCGGGGUGUCUGAUGGACCCAAGGGCCAUGUGUGUUUAUUGGGCCGUGUUUCCGCCUUGUGGGUGCUGAAUGGACACUUUCAAGGUUGCAGUUGUAAAGCAAGGACUGGGGACAAUUGGCAGGGCCACCUCCUCAGACUCCGUGUACAGCUGCCUCUGUCCUUGUUGCACUUGUCUCUCCCCCUCCCUGUAUUCUGUGCCUCAGCUUCUCUUUUCCUCCCCUCUGUUGUUCUGCUUUCUUCUGUCACCUUGGAGAACCUUGAGUCUCCGUUCAUGUCCCAGGUUUCUCAAAGAGCAUUCUCACCAGCCAUUAUAGAGAACAUGAUGUGGUGGAUUACACAUGCUAACACCCCAUGAGACCUUUGAUAAACGGUUUUGUUGGUUGGGGGAGAAGGGACUAAAAACAUGUUCAGGCUAAUGGUGUGAAUGAAGUUCAGAGACGGCCGGCCGGGAUAAGGCCAAGCCUGCUGUCCCUGUCACAUGCACCUUCCAAAGAGAUGGGCAGUGUUAGAGUCUGUGCAAGCAAAAGAAAACGAGGAAGGAAGGGAGGUUUUAGUAUUGGGAGCAGUCUGAUAGAAGGGAAAAUCAUGCUUCUGCCCAUUUUGAAAGUAUGAUCUAGUGUUGAAGUUGUUCACCCCGAGUUCAGUAUCUUGCAGCCCUUUGUAUCAUGAGAAAUUGUGGCCGUUUCCUCCUGUAUAAUUUUGUGCAUUUCAUUUUCUUUCAUGCUGACAGUUCCUUUCAAUUUUUUUCCCCAUUUAGGUGUAAUUUUUGUCUGUUAAUCAUUCAUACGUUUCUAGGUAAGGUGGAAUUCCAUUCAUACCUAACUUCCAAACUUCUGAUCUAUACUUUAUACAAUGCAUUGUUUUUACUUUGAAUAAAGAGGGAGUUGCUGUCCAGGUACACUCACUGUGUCACAGGUUUGACAUAGGUGUCUGUUACAUGUACUUUUAAAAGCAACGAACCAAACGUAGAUUUGGUCCCUGCUUUCUGAGCCCAGUGUUUCUUGCUAACCAAGUAGCAAAGAUGUAACUUGGGUGUUAUUUUCAUUGCUGAUGGUACUGCUUUCCAUCAAGAGGGCCCUGGAUGGUCAGCAGUCUGCACGGUGGCACACACAGGCCACCAUAAGCAAGCAGUCCUUGCAGAGAGCAUAACACACUGGGCUGUCACAGCUGUGCUCAGAACACACACUGUGUCACAGGCAGUUGAAAUUGGCCCAUUGUCAUUACCAACACAUGUCUGUUGAAUAUCUAUACUUUUUGAAUUCAUGUUUUGUGCAGACCAAUAGGUACACAGAGGGGUAACAGCUUUUACUGCGCCAGCAUUUUUUAUCUGAAAUGUUAACUGGCAUCUGUUUUGGUGUCAGCAGUAAAAAGUACUGUUGUGAGGUUGGUGCUAGUUGAAUGAAGCAAGAACCAGUUGUAGAUGAAAGUGAGUAUCAGUAAGCCUGGAAGCUGUUUCCCACCCCACUUUCUUCAGUCCCUGUAGCUCUGCCCUGUCCUGGAAUGCUGACAGGAGGCCGUAAGUAGACAGAGGCCCUUGCCCGUGAUGAGACCUGUUCAUUCGUAGCACUCUUGGGAUGUAGUGGGAGAAACCAGAGAGGUGGGAACAAGAGGUGCCGUGAGGAACCCCACAACCAUAGCAGGGCCUCUGCAUGCCGGGAUAAGUAGGCACUCCGUUUUUAAGGGUCUCGUCACGGAACAUCAGCAUGAUCCUGGCGGCCCGUAGACCACAUGUCCUUGAGGUCUUAGCACCACCGCCUCCCUGUCUUCCUCAUGUAGGCUGCUUUCAUGGGAAACUGAUGGUACAUAGGGCGGAUGCAGCUCUUGGAAUGAUUUUGUUUUCCAGGGCCAGGUUUGAGAAUAUGCCUUUAUGUUUAAAAUUAUGUCUAGCUGCCGUUAAUUCCUGUUGUCCCCGCAUGUCUGAAGAACUUAGCCACUCUUGUUCCACCUGUACCCUCACCCACUCCUCCCAAGCCACCCCUCCCACGCCACCAGCUCUUUUGAAGAGAAUCCUCAAUGCGUGCCACCUAUCCGUAUUUCAGUAUGCGUCCCUGGAAGAGAAGGGCAGGGUGUGACAGCAGCAAUCCCCGAGGAGUGUCACACUGAGGCCACUGCCUCUUCAGCCACAGGGCUCUGGGCACUUGGGGCUUCUUCGCCAGUGCAGCUGUGGUCGAGUGUGUUUUAGUGGCAUGUCUUUGUUGCCUUUCUUAGGUCGAGUGUUAUCUGUUAAAACCCCACCUUUUAAAUGGUCCCAUGAGAGAUGAGAUUUUUUUCCUAUUAGUUGGUACCUUUUAAAAUGCCAGCUCCUCCUCCCUUGAUAAUCUUAGCAUCGAUUGAUGACUCAACCAUCAUUAAAAUUUGUGACAUGAGAUAAAGGAUGCUUCAGUUUGGGAGUUUAGGUGUAGUUUUUUUUUUUUUUUCGGCAUGUAUCACAAGCUAAAAACAAUUGGUGUCUCUCAUACGUAAAAUUCACUUCUAAAACUCCUGUCAGUCACUUGCAGAAGCUCCAGUGUGCUGUGUGAGCACCAAAGCCUGGCAAGGGUGGACCACGUGCUGCCUGCCUUCCCAGAGGGGGCUGUGCCCUCAAGGCGCAAGGGAGGCAGCUUUUCCCAGAGUCAGGUACAUGGCCUACUCCCCUCCAACAAGGCACUGGGUCAUGACACCGGUCUUGAGAGUCUGUUCUAUGCGGACUCUAUUCCCUCUAGCAGUCUUCACCCAGUAUAUUGGUUUUAUUUAGAACAGAUGAAUACUACAUUCUGGUGGUUGAAAAUACUUAUUACAUCAUUUCUGCAACUUAGGAUAAUUUAGAUUUAUUUCUGGUUGAGCAUUCCAAAUCUGGAAUCCUCCUGUGAGCAUUUUCUUUGUCUUGGGUUCCAGAUUUUGGAGUAUCUCAGAUUUGGGAUUUGGGAUGCUCAAUCUGUGGUAGGAUAAAUUAUAAAAUCCUGUGUAUGACAUGACAUAGUAUUUGCAUUAUUUAAAUGUACAUAAAGAUGGAGUCUGUUACCAGCCCCAGUCUUCCCCGUCCCUGCACAGCUCCUUUACUGACCUCCCAUUUUCUAGGCGAGUCCCUUGGUGGAGGCACACUGUCCCACUCCUCCCCUCACUGCUCCAGCUCGGGGCACCCUGCAUCCCCCACACUCCUAAGGCCAAUGGCGCAGUGCUUUUGGCCACUGCACUGGGCCACCUUCGGUCUACCCUUGAAUGUCAGAUUGACAUGGCGAGGGUUUUUGGUCAGCCUCGUUUUGUCUCAGCCAGGCUUUUUGGGCAGCCUCUGGGAUGGCUGAGAUUGGGAGCUUAGACCAAGGUUCAAGGUUAUUGAUUUUGUUUUUUGCAUCUUUUAUACAUAUUUUUUUGGCCAUCCCUUAAAUGUGGUUUCCAAAAGAAUGAACUGUAGCCUCAGCUUAUACCAUGGAAGAUGUCAUUUAUGGUAACCCAGGGAUCUUUUUGCCCCAUACGGUACAAGUUCUUAGGUUCCAUAGGUACGCUGGAUUAAGAGCAAUUUGUAAUCUUAGCCAGAAAUCAUAGAUUACAGGUUCGUAAAGUUACUAGCUCAGAAGCAUUAGCAAGAUCGUGAUGUAUUUCUUAGGCUAUUGUUGGCCUCCACACAAAUUCAUGGAGUUGCUGGAUGUGGUUUAAAGGGUACAAGAUCUCUGUGUUAGAUAAUAUUGGAGUUAAUCCAUUCCUCUGGGAGGGGAAUCAUGUUUCCCGGAUGCUGUUACUGGAAGGAUAGCAUUGCCCCUUGGUGAGACUGUUAGGAGAGUGAGUGACGGAUGGAGCUCUUGGGAGCGGCAGCUCGUCAUUUGUUGGUGCAGUACAGGCCACCAUAAGAGGAUGGAUCUGCCGGGGUGCUCCCUGGUAGUACAAAGAGCAGGAACCCGCUAGAGGAGAGAUUUGCUUUCCAUGAGCACCAAGGGUCUGGCCUACCCCGAGACAGAUGUGCCCUUGAGAAGUGAGGACUGUUGGCACCAAGAGGGGUUGCCUCCGCAGUGGCCUUCCUGGGUGAAGCUGCCCGUGUUGAGCGCACUGUGCUCUGUGUGGGCAGGGGUGCUGGCUGCUUCCCAGCCCUUUCAUGGGCAGCCCCCUGGAGCUCCACCACCCCAUGGAGCCCCAAAACCCUCCUGCUGAACAUGCCAUGAGUUUGAAUGCUUCAGGGCAUACCUUUAAAAACAAAAUAAGCAGCCCUGCUUUGACUGCGGGCGUAGGGGGAGUUAGCUUUGUUUUUGUCACUAUUUUUAAAAGUAUAUUUGCAGUAACCAUUUUUGUCAAUGAGAAUGAACUCAUUCAGUCUUGGCUUUCGUUGUUGAUUGGAGCUAAUUGGUGAAUGGAGCUGGCUUUGCUCUCUACAAGCCUUGUCUUUUUCAUUGACAGAAGGAACCCAGCCAGCCAGCGGAAUGCAAGCAGCAGUAGGAAGCGGAGGCGGGUGCCUGGCAGACCGGCUGUCGGGACUCCAGGCCUGUGGGUGGGGCCUCGGUCCUUGCCGCAGCACAAUCCCGUGGACAGAGCUUACUCCAUCUAACUCGUUUUCAAGUGCAUGAUUUUCACUUUCACUUUUCCUUUUUCCUUAUUAUUUUGCUUAACUUGUACAGUGGCAACUGAAAUGCAUUUCAGAAAUAGGAGGUUUCGUCCAGCACCCUCUGCAGCCUUGGUGCCUGUAGCUCUGGACUUGCCUGGGCCUUUCCCUGUGGGAGGGCCCUGUAGACCACAUCGGGGUGGGGUGGGGGUCACUUGGCAAAAGGGCCGAGGUCUGGUGAUGUGGUUCCCAGGAUCUAGAACCUCUCCCACCCCUCCUGCAGUUGGACUGAAUUCUUCCUUUUCAUCCGAAGAAACCCACUUGCCGUUUCCAGCCGCUUAAUCUGCUGAGUGUGCAGCCUGCGUCACCUGUUGUAUGCUUAUCAUCUCAGAAGGGCUGUGUAGAGUAGGGCCGUGUUCUCCUUAGGAUGUUGCUUCUUGAUUUUUUUUUUUUUUUUAAGGGGUGGGUCAGGGUUGUGACACACCAGCCCAGGUGAGAGCUGAUGCGGUUCACCUCAUAUUUAUUUAUCCCUUCUUGCCUGUGAGGACUGCGGCUUUUUGCUGUCGCUCGUCCUUAACAUUUCUGAACCACCUUGGUGACCUGAGCAGGAAGAUGUGCCACUUCUUAGCAGGAGCAAGGCCUGUGUGGAAGAAACGCUGCUCCCUGCCACCAGGGCUGAAGAUGCGAGCCCGUCCUCACGACGCAGGCGCCACCCUGCUGCCGGAACUGGGUUUCGGCAGUCUUCUCCAGUGAGGGACUGGGCUGGGAAGUCCUGCGUUUCAGUUGAGCGUAUGAGCGUCAAGUCCUGCUUUCUCAGUAGCCCCAUUGCUGGGCCCCACCAUUCAUCCUGUCUGAAAGUCCUGGGUUUGGUGUGACCGCUUGGCGGCUGGUGGGUGGGGUUUUCAAGUAGGUGACGGCGCUCUCCGGCAGCCGGGGAUGGCCGUGUCCGCACUGACCAGGCCUGUGGAGAGUGCUCAGCCUAACCUUAGAACACAUUUGUAACUGAAUACAGUGUUUUCAAUUUGUACAGAAUAGUUAGAAUAUUCUAUUAAAGUUGUGAAACAUUGA